GCAGCGGGGCGCUCGUCUCGGUGCUGGCGGCCGACAUGGCGGGCGGGCGGGCGGCUGACUGGACUGGCUGGCGAGGCGGCGGAGUCAAGCAGCCGAGUCCUCUUCUCUGUCAUGGCCGUCCUCUCCGUCCUCACGCCCUUCCUGGCGCUGGUGCUGUGCAUGGUGACGGGCUACUUGGUGCUGAGGAGCCGCCGCCAACACAAGGUUAUAGACCCCGGGGGAGCAACAAAAGCUGGCUUUAAACCAUGGGUUGACCAGGAUCUGCAGGAUGACAGCGAGGUCCCCACACAAGAGGAUGAAGGCGAGUGGGUUGACAGCACAGAGGAUGACGAUCUCCAGCACGUGCCCUACUCACCUGAGCGCCAUCCCGAGGAAAGGAUGCUGCAGCGAUCUCAGGACUUCUACGCACUGAUGAACCAGCGCAGGUCGUUGCGCUUCAUCAGCCCAGAGCCGGUCCCACGGGAAGUCAUCGACAAUGUCGUCCGCACUGCAGGUACCGCCCCCAGUGGAGCGCAUACAGAACCCUGGACCUUUGUGGUAGUCUUCGACGUGGACACAAAGCAUCGGAUCAGACUGAUAGUGGAGGAAGAGGAAGAGGUGAACUACCGCCAGAGGAUGGGCAACAAGUGGGUGAAUGAUUUAGCUAAAUUAAGGACAAACUGGAUCAAGGAGUACCUGGAUGUCGCUCCAUGCCUGAUCCUGAUCUUCAAGCAGACCUACGGCGUUCUGCCGAACAAGAAAAAGAAGACACACUACUACAAUGAAAUCAGCGUGUCCAUAGCUUGUGGCAUCCUACUGGCUGCACUGCAGAACGUGGGCCUUGUGACCGUCACGUCGACGCCCCUCAACUGCGGCCCCAAACUCAGGCUCCUUCUCAAACGACCGGCCAAUGAGAAGCUCCUCAUGCUACUUCCUGUCGGUUACCCUGCUAAGGACGCCACCGUGCCUGACCUCACACGCAAGCCUCUGGAGGACAUCAUGGUGCACAUUUGAGUCUGCACAGAAAAUACAUGAUAAUAUUUUGUCAUUAAUAAGUCAUUUGAAUUAAAGAUCUUUAAAAGGUAGGUUCCUAUUUAGGGCAGAAUAUAAGAGAAGCGUGCGUCUGAAUUAGUUAUCCAUAUUGGCACAAAUUCAACACAUUUGACACAUAGUUGUUCCAUUUAUUAUUUUUUGUUUGGGAACAUGAUAAAAAACUACAUUCCACUCGUUAUUAAAAUUGUAAUCAUCAACAUGAAUAAAAAAUAUGAUAAUAUGACAAUCAAUUAAAAGUUGUAUGCAAGUUCAGUGCAUCGGAAAAAUAUUCACAGCGCUUCACUUUUUCCCCAUUCUGUUAUGUCACAGCCUUAUGCCAAAAUGGAAUACAUUCAUUUGUGUCCUCAACAUUCUACAGACAAUAUCCCAUAAGGACAAUGUGAAAACUUUUUUAUUUUAUUUUUUGCAAAUGUAUUAAAAAUAAAUAACUUAAAAAAUCACUUGUGCAUAAGUAUUCACAGCCUUUGCUCAAUACUUUGAUGCACUUUUGACAGCAAUUACAGCCUUGAGUCUUUUGGAAUACGAUGCCACAAGCUUGGCACACGUAUCUUUGGGCACUUUUGCCCAUUCCUCUUUGCAGCACCUUUUAAGUUCCAUCACAUUGGAUGGGAAGCAUUGGUUUUCAUCCAGAAUAUACCGUAGUACUUCCCUGCCGCUGAAAACCAUCCCCAUAGCAUGAUGCUGCCACCACCAUGCUUCACUGUAGGGAUGGCUAUUGAGCGGUGCCUGGUUGUCUCCAAUAUGAUGCCUGGCAUUCACGGUAAAGACUUCAAUCUUUGUCUCAUCAGACCACAGAAUUUGUUUUUUAUGGUCUGAGAAUCUUUUAGUUGCAUGUUGACAAACUUUUUACUAACAAAUAACUUCCGUCUGGUCACUCUACCACACAGGCCUGAUUGGUGGAUUGUUGCAGAGAUGAUUGUCCUUCUGGAAGGUUCACCUCUCUCCACAGAGGAAUGCUGUAGCUCUGACAGAGUGAGCAUCGGAUUCUUGGUCACCUCCCUGACUAGACUAAGAUGAAUGCAGGAAUGAACAGAGACAUCCUGGAUAAAAUUCAAAGCUUCCCAUCCAACCUGAUGGAACUUGAGAGGUGCUGCAAAGAGGAAUGGGCGAAACUGCCCAAAGAUAGGUGUGGCAAGCUUGUAUUCAAGCAUUGUAUUCAAAAAGACUUGAGGCUGUAAUUGCUGUCAAAUUUGCAUCAACAAAGAUUUGAGCAAAGGCUGUGAAUACUAUGUGAUUUUCUUAGAUUUUUUUUAUUUUCAAUACAUUUGCAAAAAAAAAACAUUUUUGCCUUGUCAUUAUGGGGUCUUGUCCGUAGAAUUUUGAGGACUAAAAUGCAUUUAUUUAAAUUUGGAAUAAGGCUGUAACAUAACAAAUUGUGGAAAAAUUGAAGCGCUGUGAAUACUUCCCGGAUGCACUGUAAGAGAAAAAGUACAUCUAUCCAUUUUCUACCGCUCGUCCCUUACGGGGUCCCGGGGGGUGAAUCAGAAUCAGAAUCAGAGAAAUUUUUAUUGGCAUUGUUUGAGAACGGGUUCACAAUCGUGCAACAUAAAACACAUAUAACACAGAAUAGGUAAUAAAAACAGCUGUAACUGA